UGUUUAUCCAAUGCACCGGAUGGCUAAUUUGGCAUCGUUCCUUCCAAAUCGAGAUUACCUUAGAACUCACAUUCAAGUAAGAGUAAUGAUUUCUUUUGAAAGAAAUGUUCUGAAUGUAUCCUUUCUACUCAUGCAUAUUAUGGAUUUGCUUCGUUCUAGAAGUCAUUCCUUCCGUACCAAAGAUGGCUUUUCUCGACCCUGACAAGAGUAGAGACCCUCUUCUUGAGACUACCAAUUCGACACAGACACGAGCCUCUCUCGCAGUUAAUGCUCAGGCAAACAAUGUCCCAAAUGUAAACGAGGCUGGAGGUGGACAACCCCUUCCAACGGCCAGGUCAUCUGGGCAGUAUGAUUCAUCCGGAUCGGAGUGGACGGUUGCGGACAGCUCAAUACCCUUAGCUGAGCUGGUCGGCUCGAGAGAAAACAGCAUCGAACAGAGACGCGGCUACCAAAGAAGCAUUGAUUGGGAGCGACGGGGAAGAUGGCAUGAGCGUCGGUCUUUCUGUUCACCAGCACCACGAUCCCGCUCCCUUCAAAGCGGAAGAGAUCAUUAUGAAGGAGUUGCUUUGCCUUUCAGAUGGGAAGACGAAGUUUGGCUACGAUCACCACCAGGUACAACACCAUCCCUUCAGGCUCUGUCGACCAUCACCGAGCAAAAAAGUGAAGUCACGUUGAGAGCUCCUGAAAAGAUAGGGGAUCGAUUGGCACGCCGGCAACGCUCAUUUUCAACACCGGAAAUGUUCCAUUUAAAAAGAACAACCUCUGAGGAGGAGAUGGAGAAAGAAGCAGAAUGGAUGCGCAACACACCAUUACCGUACCCCAUCGUACCGCCCUACCCACCACCGAGAAGGGUUCCUACGCCUCCAGGCUGCCCCUCUUUCCCAUAUAUCGAAGUCCCUGUCCGGGUAUCGUCAAUACCGCCGCAGCGAGGGAUCUUGCAGCGCUUGGGACUGAGAUCGUCAAGUGCCCCUCAAAUUAGCUCAAGAGGCCGGGCGCAAAUGAUGAGGAGGAUCGCGUGGAGACCACCAGUGAGCGGCUUUGGCAGUUAUCUCUCGGGAGGCUUAGAAAACCACCCAUUCCACCGCGCAGAAUUCGCAGCAGUGAACGUAGCAGAGCAGGGCGAAGACGCGACUGCGAGACCCUCACUACAGGUGCCAACCGCCGAGCCGUGUGAAGAAGUGUUGCCGAGUAACCCUCAGUCCGCAAACUUGCCCAGGGAGCCUGAUCCAGCGCAAAGGCGCAGAGAAAGCCUGGGUUCAAAUGCGCCGACGGUUCAACAAGCCUCUUCUGUUCGAUUCGGCCCACUUCCUCAGCAGCGCCCAUCAAACGCUCCUUGUCAAAUCAGCCGAUACUGCAAGACUCAUGGUCAAAGUGAUGAACGACGCGAGAGUAAAGACUGUUGGAAAUGUCGAGUGAGGAGUUAUCUUGCAGAUUUUUGCUGGCUUUGCUGCGGCUGGAUCGGUGAGAGUGAGUCUGACGCUUUACCCGUAAUCAGAGUAAUGCGGCCACGACCAAACUAUUAUUGACAUACGAGGCCAAACUUGGUAAUUGGCAACCUCGAAGAGGAGCAAAGCUAUACACGCACGGUCUUAGAGCUUUUGGGGUCCUUUUGGAAACAACUGUAUGAAGGCUAGCGAUUGAAUAAAGAAGUACGUAAACGAUAAGUGCUUUUGGAAUGA